AAUUUGUCAGGUAAUUUUAUCCAUUCCCGCCACGGCCAUACCUUCACUCACUGCCGAUUACCACAGAUGCCUCCGUUUCUCCUUUCCUUCCGACCACUCAUCUCCUGCCACGCCUCCACCGCCGUACUUCCAUCCUCCGCUCCUCGUCUACCACCGCCACCACCGAACCUCACCACCGCCACCACUACCACCACCUCCUCGCCUGCAUUGACAUGCGCCUUACACUGCCCUCAUUUCCAAUCAUGUUCUGGUUGCACGCAAGAAUUCAAUCUGCACCGUCCGAUUAUAAUCAACGAGGCUACUGAGUUUUUCGAAAACCUCGGAGUUUCUGAUUUCACUUUUGAUAGCUCUAGAUUGUGGGGAUGGAGGUGUCGUGCAAAAUUAGCUGUUCGUGGUUCUUCGAUGAACCCUUUGAUUGGUCUAUACGAGGAGGGUACUCAUAAUGUAGUUGAUAUUCCUCAAUGCCAAGCCCAUCAUCCAAGUAUUAAUGCUGCCGUUGAAUUACUUAGAAAAGGUAUCACUGAAUUGAAUGUUGAGCCUUACGAUGAAGAUGAAGGGACAGGAGAUUUACGAUAUGUUCAGAUGGCUGUAACGACUUACAAUACUUCUCUUCCUGCCUCAGAAAGAUAUAAAAAUGGUAAAGUACAAGUUUCUUUAGUUUGGAAUUCCAGAAAUGAGAACGCUCCUAAUUCUGACAAAUUAAAUUACUUGGCCAAUUACUUAUGGAGAAAUGGUGGACCAAGGAGUGCAGUUUGUUUCAUUCACUCUGUAUGGGCCAACUUUCAGACAUCAUAUAACAAUAUUAUUUUUGGGAAUAGGUGGAGACAUCUUUUAGGAGAGCAAGACUUCUGGGAACAUGUUGGAGGAAUUGAUAUAUCAUUAGCUCCAUCCAGUUUUGGACAAGCAAAUAUACGGGCUUUUGAUGCAUUGCUGCGGAAGUUACAGAAGUUUGUCCCUUUUGGAACAUCUGUUACUGAUUUAUAUGCUGGAGCUGGUGUCAUUGGGCUAUCGUUGGCGGCCUCAAGGAAGUGCAGAUCUGUUAAAUGUGUUGAGGUCAACAAAGAGUCAAAAAUAUCUUUUGAGAAAACAGUUGAACGCCUUCCGAAGUCCGUAGAUAGCAGCAUCAGUUGGCAUCAAGCAGAUACUUCAGAUGAUCCUGUAUCUUGGCUUAGGGGCUCUGAAGUAGUAGUUGUUGAUCCUCCUAGAAAAGGACUUGACUCGUCUCUUGUCGAUGCGUUGCGGACCAUAUCAUCAUUGGAACGGAAAGCUAUGUCGUCCUCCAUAAGUCACGAUGCAAAGAUCAAAGAUGAAAAAAGACCAUGGAUUUUACGCGCAAAGGAAGCCUCAGUUGAAAUCAGAAGUAAAACAACAUUGGAGGACCCUCAGUUGCUACCUCAAACGCUUAUUUAUAUAAGUUGUGGAUGGGAAAGUUUCAAAGAGGAUUGCUCCGCAUUGUUGUCGAGUAAGGCAUGGCGUUUGGAAAAGGCUUAUGGAUUUAACUUCUUUCCUGGAACCCAGAGCAUUGAGAUUCUGGCUAUAUUUAAGAGGGGCCAAAGAGCAAGCCUGAAGAAGACGAAGACGAAGAAGAAGAAGAAGAAAUCAGGAAAGAAGAAAAAACCUCAUGAGGAGCUUGAUUAGUACUACAAUGAGUUUCAUUAAUCCCUGGAAGAACUCAAGUUUUGAAUUGCACUACAAGAACAUGAAAGCUUGAAUAGGCAAAUGAACUGUUACGUAAGAAGGAACAUCCAGGAUAAGCAGAAUAUUAAUUACAAGAAGACGUUCUGUUAUGUUCUAAAUCGGUGUACGAGGAAAAUGAGAUAUUGAAGGGAAGGUUAAAGGGUUACAAAAUGAAUAGCAUUUUGUUUCAGCAUCUGUAUCUCGCCAAUCUCCUGAAAAUUUUGAUGAAAGAAUGUAAUAUUUCAAGAACCUGUUGCUUCAGGUUUGUAUCAUUAUCUUUCUUAAGGCUAAUUCAAUUAUGUUGCUAGCUCA